AAGAAGAAGAAGAAGAAGAAGAAGAAGAAGAAGAAGAAGAAGAAGAAGAAGAAGAAGAAGAAGAAGAAGAAGAAGAAGAAGAAGAAGAAGAAGAAGAAGAAGAAGAAGAAGAAGAAGAAGAAGAAGAAGAAGAAGAAGAAGAAGAAGAAGAAGAAGAAGAAGAAGAAGAAGAAGAAGAAGAAGAAGAAGAAGAAGAAGAAGAAGAAGAAGAAGAAGAAGAAGAAGAAGAAGAAGAAGAAGAAGAAGAAGAAGAAGAAGAAGAAGAAGAAGAAGAAGAAGAAGAAGAAGAAGAAGAAGAAGAAGAAGAAGAAGAAGAAGAAGAAGAAGAAGAAGAAGAAGAAGAAAGAAGAAGAAGAAGAAGAAGAAGAAGAAGAAGAAGAAGAAGAAGAAGAAGAAGAAGAAGAAGAAGAAGAAGAAGAAGAAGAAGAAGAAGAAGAAGAAGAAGAAGAAGAAGAAGAAGAAGAAGAAGAAGAAGAAGAAGAAGAAGAAGAAGAAGAAGAAGAAGAAGAAGAAGAAGAAGAAGAAGAAGAAGAAGAAGAAGAAGAAGAAGAAGAAGAAGAAGAAGAAGAAGAAGAAGAAGAAGAAGAAGAAGAAGAAGAAGAAGAAGAAGAAGAAGAAGAAGAAGAAGAAGAAGAAGAAGAAGAAGAAGAAGAAGAAGAAGAAGAAGAAGAAGAAGAAGAAGAAGAAGAAGAAGAAGAAGAAGAAGAAGAAGAAGAAGAAGAAGAAGAAGAAGAAGAAGAAGAAGAAGAAGAAGAAGAAGAAGAAGAAGAAGAAGAAGAAGAAGAAGAAGAAGAAGAAGAAGAAGAAGAAGAAGAAGAAGAAGAAGAAGAAGAAGAAGAAGAAGAAGAAGAAGAAGAAGAAGAAGAAGAAGAAGAAGAAGAAGAAGAAGAAGAAGAAGAAGAAGAAGAAGAAGAAGAAGAAGAAGAAGAAGAAGAAGAAGAAGAAGAAGAAGAAGAAGAAGAAGAAGAA